GUGACUGGAAAGUUUGUUUUUAUCUUUCUAACCAAAACAAAUGCUAAAAUCGGUGAAAGGAUUGUCGCUGUUUAUUUGACAAGGAAGGAAUAACAUCAGGAGCAAUGGAGAGAGUUUAUCCCCCAAAAGUGAGACCAAAGUACAAGAUAGGAGAUCACAUAAAGGGAUAUUCCAAGUUUGUUCACAUCGAUGGAGUUCCAAAGUUCCCGGAAGAGGAUGAUGACAUCCAAAAGUUAAUGGGUUUAGAAGGGAAUCCAACACAGUUUUACUCACUGAUGAAUUCCAUAAGUUUAGAUCAAAUAUCCUGCGAUAAGGACAUCCCAGUGGAGACUUUUGAUUUGACAAAGAAGAAUUACAACCGACAGACCGGGUUGAGCAUUGAAAUCCCAAAGGAAGCACUGGAAUUGCAUACAAUUCAAGCACGCGUAGAAAAGAGUCAAAAUUCUCACUUCCGGAUUGAUGAGCGAACUGCACGGUAUUGUCGAAAUAAGUGCCUCAAUCCGAUUAACAAAAGCACAGAGGGGCAGAUGGAUUUGGUUCCAUUUGAAGAAAUCGUAAUUAGUCUUCACUUCUACUAUCCCUUCAAGUACGAACCAGACCAUCAGAGUUACCAAAUAAAAUUCUGCCAGGAGUACCUUGUUCUUGGAUCACAGAAGCUUUCUGUACUGCGGGAUAAGAUCUACUGUUCAGCAGUGAAUGGACCCUUCUGUGAGAUUAGCGAGAAUCCCGAUGCUGCAAGGGAACCUGUGGAAGAUAAUUCUGCCUUCAUCUUCAUCACUGACACCUUCUACAAUGACUUUUCCCGCCCAGAUGCUAAAGAUUACUCCUCACCGAUUAUUGAAUGGGCUAAGAAUAUUGAGGAAAUAGAUGAGCUCAAAGCAGCAGAAAUGGAUGAUGUAAAGUUUGAAGAUCUCACUGUACGCUUCGGCUAUCCACAGCUCUAUCAGCACUAUGGGAAUUGCGAGCAUAUCUUUGUCUUUUCGGAUGUGAGACUCCUGCAGCCGUCGGAUGUUCUGCAACGUGCUCAGUAUCCCUUUCUUCGGACAAUUUCCAACAACCGCUGCCACAUUUGCUUCAUUUGUGGCGUCAACAGCGUCAAGUAUCUCGUCCGGGGAUGUGAAAGGCAGAUCACAGAUCCAACGCUCUAUUGCCAAAUAUGCUAUAAUAAAUAUUUGUACGUAAAUGGGAAGAAGAGAGGAGAUUUCGAGGCUUUCCCCUAUGCACAAAAUCAACCAUGUAAAUAAACAUGAUGAAUCAUAUCAUAUCACAGCAUAGCAAAUAAAUUAGCAUAAAAGUAAGUUCCUGGAAAAUCCUUCUUCAAUCGUCCUCUGUAAAAAUCAUUAAAUAUUUCAUUCAAUUUUUUCAAUAAUUUAUUUGAAACAAAAUAAAAAUUAUAUAAAAAAAUCAAGCCAUAAAGCAUCUUUAUAAAAUCAUUUAUUCAGAUUUAAUAAAAUAAGUCAUUGAAGAAUUAAAAUAAAUCAUCAUUAUAGUCA